AUGCUUUUUGAAUUUAACCAGUUCCAAGUCCAGUUCUGGAACUGCUCUCUGAAUUUUUUCGGUUCCUGUUCCGGACUCGAACUUUCCCUUCACUGCUCUUCUGUUUAUUAUUAUCUAACUAAAUCAUCUAAAUUUCGAAAAAAAUUCAGUAUCGCAAUCGACGAAGCAUUCCAAGCUGCAACUGAAAGAGGAUUAACAAGCAUAUGUAACCUGUUUUUGGAGUACGAUAAAAAUCAUGAGAAUUCUAUUUUAGACACUUCUGGAGCGUUAUCCACAGCUUGUAUAAAUUCUCAUUCCGAAUUAAUCCAACUAUUUCUCUCCCGAGGCAUUCAGCCACCUCGAAAUGGUAAUUCGUCAUGGAAGGGGCGGUUAGCCUUAAAUUGUGCUGUUGAGUGUGGAUGCUUAGAUUUGGUUGUAAAAAUAUUAAAUAAUGAGGGAAAUUCGAUAUUAAACGAACAUGAAGGCCCUGAAGGUUUUACUCCUCUUAUAACUGCAGCGAGGCAAGGGAGAGUUGGUUUGGUGGAUUUGCUGGUUAGUAGAGGAGCCAACUUGGAUAAGACAGACAAUCAAGGCCGCUCAGCUAUUUUCCAUGCUUUGGAAGAUGGCCAUUUUUCGACAGCAGGGCUUCUAUUAGAAAAAGGUUGUAACCCUUGUAUUGCUGACUUUACCGAGAAUACAUUAUUGCAUAUAUUGGCAAAAAAGCCAAAUCGUGGUUUGAUUGGUCAAUUGUUGGAAAUGGGUAUUUCUUUGGAGGGAAGAAACGGAAAAGGAUUAAGACCUAUUGAGGUAGCCAUCCAAAAUGCUCAACUCCAAGCUGUCGAUAUCUUUCUACGUCGCGGUGCCAGACUUCGUUCGCUAACAUGGCAAAUAGCCUUCGAAACACACCCUCCCCUUGUAUUAAUGCUUUUAAGAAAAUUAUUGGAAGAUGCCCAAUUUUUAUUGAGAAGAAGAAGAAAUAUUGAGGCGGAACAUAGAUUUACUUAUGCCUUACAAAAAUUUGGGGAAAUUGAAAAAUUUGGAGAAAAAUAUUUAAAAAAAGAAAAUUUAAAUGAGGGGGGAGAGGAGGAAGAAGAAAAAUAUUGGAAAGAAAAAGAAACUGAAUUUAAUAUUAUUCAAAGUCAUGUUAAAAAAUUUAAGAUUCAUACAUUGCAUUCAAUGGCAGCUUUGAAAAGAAAAGCUAAUAGAAUAGAAGAAGCAAUAAAUUUAAUUAGUGAGGCGAUAGAAAUUAUUAAUAAAAAAGGUGAAUAA